GGGCAAAGCAUCAAUAGCUCCUGGUUCCGGCGUCCCCUGCAAGGGACCAGUUCCAAGUGCGCCAUGCGAAUGAGACUGCAAGGAGGGCGAGCGAUUGCCCUAGUUGUGGCACUGGUUGCGGUGAUGCAGUGCCCCACCUUUAUCCACACUGCUGAGUGGUUGGAUUUGGCAGACUUGAAGUCAGAGAACACCUUGCCAUUGAUCACUGAUCUGGGUCUCAACGUCGGACUCGGACGGGAAGGUCUGAAUGCAACCUCUGGCAGCUGCAGUUUCAUCGCGGACUUUGGCGUCCUGGAUCUUCCACUGCUUGGGCUUGUCCGAAGCCGAGCAGGGUUGAGAUACAAUCCCUUAUAUCCACGGGGAGCCUUGGAACUUGGCUUCCGCAAGGAGCUCAGAACAGACAAGGAUCAGGGCUAUCAGCUCUUCAUGGGCCUGCAAAGCACAGGUGAUGAUGAGCGCUUAGAUGUCCUCACGGAAAUUGGAGCGAUCAAACUCUUCCACAAUGCCAGGGCCUUUUAUCGCUUCUUGUGGGGCUUUGGCGGUCCAUACCAGGAGAAGUCAGGCUCUAAUAAUUGGAAUCAGAUGGGUUCAUCCCUCGGGGUGACGCAGACCAAUCUGCCACCGAACCUGAAGGGUCAGUUGACCAUAGGUUGGCGGACAGGAUUGUUGGACGUCGGCUUGGAAGGUGGCAAAGUGCUUCCACCAAUGCUGGCCCGACGCAAAGCGCAGAAGAAGAAUCGAGGAGCAGGGCACAGUGGGCCAGGGUGGCAGCCGAAGCCUUGUCAAAGGCGCCAGUGCAACCCAAGGUCCAGAAUCAUUACAGGACUUCGGGACAACCUGUUGGAUUCAUCGCCCUUUGCUGCUUAUUCUCUGGAAUUGCCCAAAAAUGCCGAGGUGUCUUGGACAAUACUGCCUGAACACGAAGUGCUGGAACAUGCCUUGCAUUGGCGCAGUGGCAUGGACGCUACUGGGGGACAGGUAGUGAUAGCGGCUGUCUUGGAGCAGUCUUUGAGUUCGCCCCGGGCGCGGCUGCGCAUCGGCACCUGCUACGAAAGAAAGUGAGAGAUGAAGUUUGUAGGUUUCCAAAGUUGCCUGGUUCCAAUGUGCAAGGAAGGUGGGACUUGGAUUGACC